AUGACAAUUCAGGAAUUGCAUGACGAAAUUAGUGCCAUUAACUCAAUUUACCCCGAUAGUGUGACAGCGGAUUUAAGUCAAAUCUAUUCCUUUAAAAUUCCAGAUCAUGAUUCCGUUAGUUUUCAACUCAAUUUUCCAGAAUCUUAUCCAGAUGAUUCUCCAGAAUUUUUAAAAGUCGUAAGUUUAGAUGAAUCAAAGUUUACGGACGUUAGUUACGUGGAGAAAAUGAUACUGUCUUGUUUGAUGGAUACUUUUGACCAAGGACAGGUUGUCAUGUUUGAAUUGUUGGAGAAUUUGAAAAAGUUGUUUGAUCAAUAUGAUGAGGAACAUGCCACAUUAGAGAAACCCAAAGAUGCAAAGAAUCCUGAUGAAUCUCACGAAGGUGAUUUCAAAAAAGCCAUACUUUUCAAAAAGGAAGAGAUAGACUACACUGCUGGGUGGAGCCAGUCACAUCCUAUUAUAGAUAGACAAUCAACAUUCAUAGCCUUUGCUCGUACAGUGAAUACCUUGGAAGAAGCUCUUUCAAAUUUGGAAUAUCUUUUAAUGGAUAAAAAACUUUCAAAAGCUACUCAUAAUAUUUCAAGCUGGAGAAUUAAGACAGAGCAAGGGAAUGUUUAUCAAGAUUACGAUGAUGACGGUGAAACAGCCGCUGGAAGUAGACUACUACAUUUAUUACAAAUGGUGGAUGUAUGGAAUGUAGUAGUUGUUGUUAGUAGGUGGUUUGGGGGAGUGAAGUUAGGGUCCGAUAGAUUCAAACAUAUCAAUGCAGCUGCCAGAGAUGCAUUAAUUCAAGGUGAAUUUAUGAAGGACAUGAAAUCUGAAAAGGCUGGUAGAAAGAAAGGUGUAUAA